AUGUGCAUGCCCAGUCAUGCUAAUGAAAUAGACUAUGUUUUAAAAGAUCUGUAUAGCAGUUCCCAUCUAGGUCUGCUUAAAUUAUUGUCAAUCGAGCAGCAGUUUGUCAAGAGUCUAGUGCAAUAUGUAGAUGCCUUGGAAGCAAAAGUGUCUACACUGCAGACCUAUUUAGAGACAUUCGAUAAACCCGAGAAGUCAACGAAAAAAGAGCAUGAGGAGUAUGUUUCAAAUCCACUACAAGCCUAUGCAAUGUUAAGACGUUUGUAUAUAGACUGGCCAGCAAUGCAGAAGUUAACUUUGGAAAAGGAGGGCACAGCUCAUGUAAAGGAAUUAACAAAAUUGCUCAAGGACAUGCCCGAUAAGUAUGAUAUGCAAAUAAAGCUAAAGAAUUUGCUACGCAUUGAGCAGACCUAUGAUCUAAAUGCCGUUGUUAUGGCUCAGGGCAAGUUUAUGAACUCUCAGUUUGACACUGCGAUGAGCGUACGCGAUUACGUGGCCGUAGCUAAUGCCAACUAUGAGAGUGGGCAUUAUGAUAAAUCGAUGCUUUGGUAUCGAAUGGCCUUAGAGCAUGCUGAGCCUAAUGCUGAAGCACACACUGAAUUGUUGGGCGAUGCCUUUAAGGACACACACGCUAAGCUGGCCAAGGUGUAUCUUUUAUAUUCUUUGUCUAACAGUUAUAAACAGCUGAGUGCAGCACAAUUGAAUGCAAGCGUAGAUGAGCUAAUGAGCAAAGCAAAUGAAGCUGAUCUGAAGCAUUACACAACACUGUUGCUUAGCGAAGAUUUAAAUCAAAUGCUAGAGCGAGUAAAUCAACGCAAGUCGGCGCCCUCAGCUCAUUAUUUGGGCUGUCGUGGGCAAUUUGCAACGCCUCCGAAACUUUAUUGUUACUACAAUGCCACAACGAGUGCAUUUCUUAUAUUGGCACCGCUUAACACGAGGGCAAGACUUUGCCCUUGGCCUCCAUUAUGCAGAACACGUAUUAAAUGGCUGCGUACCGAAUCUGAUUUUAGUCAGCGCAUCAAUCAACGCAUUGCUGACAUGACGGGCUUUGAUGUCAAGGAGCGGGUAAUGUUACCCUUAGGUGGUUCCAUUGUCUUUCCCGAGCUGCAAUUGGCUGUGACCGCAGCUAGAGGCAGCGCUCUCUUUUGGUAUAAUCUAUUCGAUGAUGGCUCCAAAGAUCCGCGCACUUUGCAUUCAGUUUGUCCCGUAGUUCGCGGCACUAGAUGGACACUUACUAAAUGGAUUCAUGCAGCGCCUCAAAUGUUUAUCAAGCCUUGCAGCAAAAAAUCUGUUUAAGUAACAGCUCAACUAUAACUAACUUAUAAAUAUAAUAACAAUGUAAA